GUCAGGCGUAAGAGACGACAGAACGAUGCGGGCGUGAAGCUGCUUGGCCUGACGCAGGAGGCGGUGGUCGCUGCAGUGUUGGAUGAGACGGCCGAAAGCGCCAUAGUCGAGUCCAUUGACGCUGCAGAGGUUUUGUAGACAGUGGUGGAUUCCACCGUUGGGAGUGGGCGAUAUUUGAAUUUGAAGAAACUUUGUGAGCCUCAUUCAUGCCGUUAACAACACCGUAAAGGGAAAGGCUUUCCUACUUAUAUUCUACUGACUAGAAAAGAGGAGCCAGGAUCACUGAACCCCAUUGGUGUGAAGUGGCGUGAUCAUUGCCGUUCGAUACAAAUCAAAGGCUAAUACUUGAUUUAAUGACUAUGCAUAUUACCACGUGUUUAUUAAUGGUGGCAUUUAAUGUUCUUAUUGAUCUAAAAUUUGAGGGCUUAAGUUUUAGGAGUAGUAUGGCAGGCAUAGCCUUCAUUUCAACUUGCUGGGGUUACAGGCGAGGAAAGACAGAGAUACAGAAAGUUUGCAAAUUCGAGGGUAGACAACAUGCCUUUGAGCUUGAGGAAGGGUGACUAACUAUCCUACCGUUAACUCCACCGCCUUACUCUUUGUUUUCGUCAAUCGUUUUCUCACGGGGGAAUUUAGUUGAUAUGUUAGAGAUGGACCGUUCAAAACCCUAACCGCUACUCCCGCCCGUUCACAUUGCACCUAAGAAAUCACUCAACACCGAUGAUUCCAGGGUUGGGCGGUACGAUGGAAAACCAAAGCAAAGAGCAGGAAUUUGAGACUUUGCCAACUGGGGUUUUUGAGAUUUCUGGAGAGCCUGCCAUUGUUAUUAAUGGGGUUCCGGAUGUAUCUUCAAAUGACGGCUCUCUGGUUCACUGUGAUACUAUAAGUGACACGGGAUCACACCAAGAGACAGUUUUUGGUGAAUGGUUGGAAGGAAGAGAAGUUCGAAAGUUGUUUGGAGGGCAGUACUAUUCUGGGGUGGUGACCCAGUUUGACAAGGAAGCAGGUUGGUACAGGGUGGUAUAUGAAGACGGUGACUUUGAAGAUCUUGAGUGGCAUGAGUUGGAAGAAGUGCUUGUGCCCCUUGAUGUUUCAGUUCCAUUGAAGUCACUGGCAAUGAAGAUCAUCAGGAAGAACCAGAGACCCAUUCAAAAACCUGGGAAAGAAGUACCUAAAUGUGGAAAUCGCCGGCUCAAAAAAGCUAUAGGUAUGGGAAAGACAGUGCAGUUGCCUGAAGAAGCUUCUCCACCGAAAUUUAAUGGUAACCACAGUGAAAGUGCCACUCCAAAGGGUGACUAAUAGAUUUCAGACGGCGCAAGAAUAGCUUAUCGUAAGAGAAAGCAACUAAUCAGAAGGUCUGAACUACACAGGAUGGCUCUCUAAUAGAAGUCGCAAUGGAGGCAAGGAUGCAAGGUGAACUUGAACCGAGGAAUACACAGACACAUAAUAUGUCAUUCAAAUUUGCCUUAUUGUGCAUCUUUUCUCAUUACAGAAAUAACAUUGAGCAACAAGAUGAAUGACCUUUUGUUUGGAAUCUGUGUUUCAGAAUUUCAAAUGGUUAAUUGAAGAAACAUUUUGUCUA